AUGUAUAACCCUUAUCAACCUCCGGGUCUUUAUGGACACGCUCCUGCUCCUGACUAUGGCGCGUAUGGCGCGCCUCCCGGCAUGGCACCUCCUCCAGGGAUGGCAGCUCCAGGCACCGGUGCUCCCCCAGGCAUGCAACAAACCAACAACCAGCCCGGGCGUCCAGGGGGCUUCCCGCCCAACUUUCAACCGCCUGCAAAUAUGCCAAACAUCAACUUCUCUGCUCCCGUGAUCCGUUUGGGUACUUCGGGCCCGGCCAAGCCUGCAGCUCAAGAGAGCGGUCGGGACCGGCCAUCGGAUGGUCCCGGUCGUCGCGCUGGUCUGGGGUCGAUGGGGAUGGAUUCCCAGCGCCACCAUGGUCGCGAUAUGAUGCAGCUGCAGCCUCCUACGCGUGAGGAGAUUGCGCGUACCCUUUUCGUCGGUGGCAUUACAGAGGGCGUCGGUGGUGAUGAUGGAAUUGAGCGUAUCCUCCGCGCCGCUGGUGUUCUGCGCCGCUGGAUUCGUGCUACAGAUGCCGACGAGAAACCUUGCCGAUUUGGCUUCGCCGAGUACGACGACGCCGAGAGCCUUGAAAUUGCAAUUGAGACAUUGAAAAAUGUGGAAGUGCCAGUCAAGAGACAGAUGCCCCUCGCCGAAGGUGAAGAGGAACAUGAGGUCGAAAAGAGUCCGCUUUUGGUUAUUGUUGACGACGGUACGCUCACUUAUCUGGAGCAAUUCGAGUCUCGCCGCGCCGAGCAAGACCCCGAGGAACGCCAAGCACGUUUCGACGCUGCCCGCACUAAUCUCAAUAAGGUCCUGUCGGAGCUUUUCCAUCCCGCGGUUCCUGUCAAAAAGGAGGAUGUGUCGGGUCUUGAUGCGGACGGCAACGUUGAGAUGAGAGACGCCGCUGCCCCGGAAGGUGAAGUCGUGACUAUUCCCAUCGCAAUGGAGGAUGAGCUAGCCGAUAUUCCCCCCGAGAUGCGCGCCAAUGUGGCCAAGGAGAUUGCAGCGUUCCGUGAACGCAGCAACCGCCGUGAUAUCGAGCGUCUCCGACGCGAAGAAGAAAUUGAGUCUAUGGAGCGUGCGCGCAACUCGAACUCUCGGAUCAACCGACUUGCUUCGCCUCCAGUGUCCGCUCCUCUCGGGCCUGCUGCCGGUACUAACGGUAUACCAUUGGGCCCCCGGGAUCGUCACGUGCCGAACGCACCUUCUGGUCCAAAGGCCUUUGGAGUGCAGAUUCCCAGGGACUACCAGCAGGGAGUGUCCUUUGUCAAUGGCGGAACCCUCAACGGUGCCUCUGCCAAAGACGAGGACUCUGAUGCCAGCGACGAGGAGAUCGAACGGCGCCGAAAGGAGCGGCUGGAGGCAGAGGACGCAAAGCAAUUUGCAGACCAAGAGCGCCGCUGGCUUAACCGGGAGCGCAGCCGAACUGCUGCUCUAGAGAGAGAGAAGAAGCGCGAGGACGAAGAAGAUGACAAGUUGAAAGCUGCGCACGAUGAGAUGGAAGCACGACUUGCUGCUUGGAACGACGAUACUGAACAGAGCCGCAAGGUGGCUGAAUACUAUGCAGAUCGUGGCGCCUGGCUCCGAAGCCGUGAGAGCUUCCGUCUCCGUGAGGCCAAGAUGGACGAUGCCGAUCGCGCCGCUGAGGAACGCGAACUCGCGCAAUCUGUAAAGCGACAAGAGCAGGCUCGUGGUAUGGCUGAUGAUUUCCUUGCUCAACAGGCAAAGGAGCUCGAGACACGUGUUCCAGAAGCUCCUCGUGAACCUCAACGCUUCAAGCUCUCCCUUGGAGCCGCCGCGCAGAAGGCUCAGGCCGCAACCAGUCGCCGCACAGUGGCCGAAGUGGAAGGCCUACUGGAAGACGAGGAGGAGCCUGCCGAAGCGACCCGUCGCCAACUUAUCCCGAUCAAAUUCGAUUCUGCCGCCGAGGCUGCAGGUCUCACCGACGAGGAGCGUGCCCAGGCUGCCCGUCAACUCGCUGCAGAGAUCCCGGUCGAGAAGGAAGGCCUCUGGGGAUGGCAAGUCAAAUGGGAAUUUGUGGAUGACGCCGUCAUCAGUGACCAACUCAAGCCAUUCGUGGAGAAGAAGAUCGUCGAGUACCUUGGAGUGCAAGAGCAAAUGCUUGUGGAUGUGGUCGAGGAACAUGUCCGAAAGCGUGGUUCGCCUCAGGAAUUGGUGGAGCAAUUGGAAGAGGCCCUGGACGAAGAGGCCGAAGUCCUUGUUCGCAAGCUUUGGCGGAUGAUCAUUUUCUGCUCCGAGAGCGAGAAACGAGGCCUGUCCUCGUAA